AUGGGACGGAAAGGAAGGAAACGGUUUGUGUUUGGCGUAAACGGCGACGUGGAAAGCUCACCCGUAUACUACAGUAGCAGAAUAACGCAAUGCGAUGGAAUCCAUCUACUCUCACCAAUGCCCAAUCACAUCUCGACUUGAUGCUGCCACCUUUUCCUAAUCCAGCUGCUCCAGCCUAGCUCACGUCGCUUCCAACAGACGCCACCAGCCACCGCGCCAUCGUCUCAGUGUCACAGCAGGAAGCCGCGCUCCCGCCAGCCGUUAGCUGCUCCCAACAGCGGCGGGAUCAGGGCUUGCGAUUUGGCAGACGCGAGUCCCCCCACCCCCCCGGCCGCUUACUUCAUGCCUCCAUGGAUCCGGUCGCGGACCCGUCGCCGUCGCGGCGGUCCCUGAAGCGGAGGCCGCCGGCGCGGUCGCCGGAGCUGUCGCCCAAGUCGGGUCCGGGGGCAGGAGAGGCGGCGGCGGAGGGGCUGAUCCGGCGGGUAGAGGAGCUGGAGGCGGCGGCGGCGCGGCUGCGCGGGGAGAAGGAGGCGGCGGAGGACGCGGCGCGGGGCCUGCGGCAGGAGCUCGACGCCGAGCGGGCCUCCGCGGAGACGGCGGCCAGCGAGGCCAUGCUCAUGAUCGAGCGCCUGCAGCGGGAGAAGGCCGCCGCGCAGAUGGAGGCCCGCCAGUUCAAGCGCUACGCCGAGAGCCGCGAGGACAGGGAGCGCGAGGUCCAGGAGGAGCUCGCCUCGCUCUCCGACCUCGCCGCCUCCUACCACUCCCGCCUCCAGUCCCACGGCAUCGACCCGGACUCCUUCACCGACGACGACGAUGACGAGUCGUACUCGUACGAGGAGGUGGGCGCCGAAGACGUGGAGCAGAUCGGCAUGGCCGCGCUGCAGGUGGAGCGGAACGUUCGCGACUCGGGCAGUGGCAUGGAGGUGAAAGCCAUGGUCGUUGGCAAUGACCGCGGGGAGGACGAGGAGGAUGCCGACGCCGACGCCGACGACGCGGAGGAGCCGUCGUCCCCCGUGGAGAAGGAAUUCGAGUAUACGGUGGAUGUUACCUGCGCGAGUACAACGAAGCCAGCUACGUCUGUGGUUGCACAGUACGUGGGGGACGGCAACUCGGGGGGGCUGUAUGCAAGGGUCGAGGCGCUGGAGGCGGACAGGGCGGCCCUGCGGAGGGAGAUCUUCGCUCUGCGGGCGGAGAGGGCACAGCUGGUGAUGGCCAGGGAGAUGGCGCGGCGGCUCUGCUGGGAGAUGGUUGCUGAGCAGAGAGCCAUUGUGAAGAAAGCGCUAGUGCCUGCGAGCAGUUUCUCAGUGAUCAGGAUAUGCAAGUGGGUGCUCUCAAUACUAUUUUGGAGAAACAGAAGCUCUACAGCCAAGUACACCUUUGGUUUGUCGACUACGUUCCUUGGCCUCCUGCUGCUUCUUGACAGAUCCGCAUUGUUGAGUUCCUGGCGACGUCUGCCAUGGCCACAAAGAUGAAUGCAACCUUCUCCAUACCAACAGCCAAAUGCCCUUAAAUUCAGAGAUUUGAACAGUUAAGCUUUAUUGUGCAUGUGUAUUGAUUCUUUGGUGUUUCUUUUUCCUUUUGCCACGUACAGUAUUGGAGCUGUACGUUUUUUUUCCUGAAGCUUUGAGCUGCCGUAUAGUGUGUAAUUUAGACUACUAGGCUUGAAUAGUUUGUAAUUUGGGGCGACAUGCUCUGUAUAGAGUGUACAUCAUAGUAAGUUGUGGAACUCCGAUUUGUUUUGUAUCGUCGUGGUGACCUUGCUUAAUGUCAGAUGUCGAAGGCCAUUACGAGGCCUUUUUUCGACGU